UGAACUAGUAGAAGAUGACGACAAUGAAAAAACUCAUACUGCUGAAGCAGAAAGAGUGGAAGGAGCAAGCGGAGAAGCAAUAAAAAUCGGUAGAAUUGAUUUCAACGCUUUUGAUUUUUCUCAAGUAAAGAAAGAAAUAAUGUCUAUUGACCCCGAGAAAUACCCAGAUGCUUAUUGCUGA